AUGCAUUUCAAAAUAUCUGCAGCAUCAGCUGUUGCGAUCCUUGCGUCGAUCCAUGAGGCAUCCGCUCAUUGCAGAAUCAUCCGUGCUAUCGGAAACGCCGGGGGUGACGGUCGUGGACUUCUAUCUCGAUGGAAUUCCAAUGGUCAAGGUAACGAUAUUACCGGCUGGGCGAGUGAGAACCAGUGCACCAUCUUCAGUGACCCCCCAAUCCAAAACUGGCCAGCCCACCGGUCCUAUUUCGGGCAGCACUGUGGUGUCACUCUCGAAACCGUCGAUUUGUACUGGAGAGAUCUUCACGGCAAAAUCCCAGGAGACUGGUGGGCUCGCAAAACUCCUCUAGGGCAAAAUUCAGAACGUCGUGCCUACGUUCAAACAUGGUGGGAGACUCAAAAACAGGCCAAUGAUGGCUCUAUGGCCAAGGUAUCUCUCAAACAAAACACCGAACACGGGCAAAUUACCAUCUGGAUACUUCAAGUGAAUGCCGAUGGUGCAGGCCCUUUCAGAGUCAAUAUUGAUCCCAACGGUGACGGAAACUAUCCCUGGGGUUUCAGAGAUAGGAGCGAGUUCACUGAAAUGGGGUUUGACGGCCCAGAGUCUGUCCGAUACGAUACCGUCGGUCAACUCCAUGUCAUCAAAUGGAACGUACCAAAGCAAUUGAAGUGUUACGGGAAAUCCGGAAACCUCAAUAAUGUUUGCAUUAUCCGUAUUGAAAAUAUGGCGAAAAACGGCCCAUUUGGAGGGUGUCUUCCUAUUCAAAUCGUCGACCAGGCACCCGAUGCACCACCGCCAGCUCCUGCCCCAGAGCCGGACAAGCCCGCUCCCCCACCACCCAAACCGCACGUAUAUGUUAUCGACCAGCCGGUCGUCGAGUUAAAAUAUGCAGACCCUCCAAGCGUCAACUAUGGUAAUAGUGCCUACUACAAGCGUAGCCUAGUUACUGGAGAGAUGCUUGAGAAGCGUACUACCAACGAGUCAGGAGAGGAUAAUGAGAAAGCCGUCCCAGCCCUUGAUGGAGCAGCUCUUGACCGCGCUCUUUCAGGUGUUAGAAAGGAAGAAAAGAAACAUGCUAGCGAGAUUGGUUCAACCCACCAGCACCUCAUAAAACAGGAGAAGAAGUUGAAGAUUGCAAAGAAGAUAACUCAGAAGAAAACUAAGGAGAGAAGAAUGAAGAGGAGGAGCGUUUUGAGUAAAAAGGCUCAACUAGCUGAGGCUAGAAUGGAUAGCGAGACUGCGAUCUAG